UAUUUGUGCUUCUUUUACUCAGUUAUUUCCUUUUCGUAAGAUUUUGACAGACUUUUAAAACAAACUUUUUGGUCCUGGACAUUGUCAAACAUCACUUUAAUAAUAUUCAUUAUGGUUCUUUGAUAUAUUUCUGUCUACUUUUCUGUACAUUAUGGUUGUCUCCUUCUGUAAUUUUGUUACCAAUUCAAAAAAUAUGUUUCUUACUAAACAGCAGAACUGAUAAAAAGAACAUGUCUCCUUCCAGCAAAGUGCGAUUUUGUCAUGAAGAUCCCUCAAAGUGGUCGCUGGACAUGUUUGGUCCGGUGUGAGACUAUUAUCUCGAGCAGUGAGUAUUACUGCCUAUAUAUUAUAGGAUGGGCGGGGCAGCGGGCCUGAUCUCACGCUCUUUCUGUCGUGUAAAAAACAGUUUAGUAGUUAGGUGUUAACUGAAUCCUGUUGACUCCAGACGAACUCUCGGCCUUCCGCAGUAAAGAGUGCCAGAUGACUGGGAGCUGUAAAUGUAGAAGCCUGUGUCGGGCUCAGUAUGUUGUGUGGAUUGGAAGAUACACGCUUCAAUGAUGUUGUUUCAAGCUGGUCACAUGUUGUUGAACAUUAAUUGUGUUUGAUAUUAUUAUCGCUAAGAAAGCGAACGCAAUGUCUAUUAUCAUUCUCACCUUCGCAUUGGCAGUGGCUGCUGGGAUAGCGGGACUUUCUGCUGCUUUGUCGAUGGCGACAUCCAGUCCCAGCCCCUGGACGUCCAAGAGCGGUUCAUCUCAAACAAAGAAUGCUCUUUCUACCAUCUCCGCGAUGACGGAAGUGACGACAUCGCCAAAGCUGAGGGAUGUGACGGGAAAUAACAUUUUUUACAGCACGCAGACGGCUCCAAACACGGACUCUGUAAUAGUUCGAAAUAUCUUGCUUGGAAACACCCUGUCAAAGUCUUUUGUAUCUUCAGGUCCUCUCAUGUCUCACAGCACAAGUUCUAGAAAAGUUUCCAGCUCGGCUACCGUUUUCCCUCCCGCAACCGGGACUGUAAGUGUUUAUUCUAAAAGCACCACCCCUACAACACAAAUAGUGUCUGAUGUGUUUAGAGGACCUUUGUUGAGAAUUUUGAUGUCUAUUUCUGGACCAGGGACAUCUACUGAAUCUGAUACAACACCAACACCAACAUCAACACCAACACAUGGCAGCUCUACAUCUUCGAGCUCUGCAUCUUUACCCACAACAUCUGACAGCUCAACACUUUCAGGUAUUACCUAUGGAAGUGUAACAGCGCCUUCUGGUGUCAUGUCUGACAGUCCGGUAACUACGGUUACAAAUGUGAUGUCAGAGAGUGCAACAACGCCUGCUGCUGUUACCUCAGACUGUUCAACAACACCUGUAGGCGUUACUUGUCCCACCACAGUGAUGGCUACAACGGUAGUGUCUGCUAGUAUCAUGUCAGGUAGUCCCCAAACAACUCCUGAAAACAUUGUAAAUAACAAUAGAACAGUGCCUGCAGUUCUUGUGGCUGGUAACAUCACAACACGAUCUGCAAGUGUCAUGUCUGACAGUCCGACAACGCCUGUAAGUGUCGUGUCCGACAGUCCGACAGUGGGUGGUUCGUCUGUGUCUGGUAUUUUCUCAGGAAACACCCAAGUGUCUGAGACCAUGGUGCCCAGUUCAUCCAGGUUUUCAAGCUCCAGUCUGCCUCUGAGCACACUAGUUCCAAACACGAUGACUGUAAGCCAGCACAUCAGUUCGGAGAGAACCUUGCCUGGAGUUACCGGCAUCCCACCCAGCACCAUGUCUGCUUCCUUCUCUGACAGCACAGCUGCUUCUGGAAACAUCUUGCCCGGAAGCUCGACUAAUUCUGGAUACAUACAGUCGGACUCUACCAUCAUGUUUGGAAGCUCGACCCCUGUGUCUGGAAACACAUUGUCUGACAGUCCAACGAUGUCUGCGACCUCAGGAUCUGGAACCAUUCCCAUGUCUGGAAGCUCGCCUGGUGUAAGCACAGAUUCUGUAACAACGUUGUCUGCAAACUCCUUGACGACUGUUGCCACUACAGACAAGCUGACGACGCUGACGACGCCACAGACGACCAAGUUAACAACAUCAACAACUUCUACAACAACGACAACAACGACAGUCGACCCCGUGCGGUGCAAUGGCAAGCUUCCUCCUGUGAGCGUUGAUGCCAGCCUCGCUGUCAUCGCCCCUCAGGUCAUCGGCUACAGGUGCAACGACGGAUUCAAGGAGACAGGCAGAGGGUCGGCCAUCAUAGAAUGCAAGAAGCAGCAGGGUUGGGUGGACGAAGCAGGCAAGGGCAAUCCCGCAGGACUAGAGUGCGAGCGGCUGAGACAAGAGCCCGAAGUGCCUCCGUGGCUGUAUCCAGCGCUCAUCGCUUUGUUGGCGAUGCUAGUUCUUCUUGUCAUCUGUUUCCUUGUCGUCUAUAUUCUCCGAUCACGUGGUGUCUGUGCCAGACGCAAACGGUCUCCAGAGGCAGACCCUCACCUGAGGCGGAAACCGAAUCCUAGCUCCGCUCUCUCACUUCCACCUGGGCAUACGAAUACAACAAUGUCCGGUAAAAAAUGGUCGGGAAACGAAAAAACAAGACGUUCGUUUUGGUCUUCUCAGAUAAAAUCCCACGACAGCCGCGUCUACCCGGCGCCCAUCGCAGGCCUCCGCCAUGGCGACGGGGUACCCUGGGUGGAGGCAUGAGACAUGCCAUGUUAGUGAAUCAUGUCUCGUGAUCAAGGAGUCAGAUCUCAUGGCUGGCCGCUAACGACGCGUCAAGUCUCACAACUGCUUAAUUACAAUGAAUAACCCUAACCCUUGUGAUUUAUUAUUUACAAUUAGACAUACCACACAUGGCUGGGAAUUUGACCCUAAGAGUGUCGCUAAUUGUACUGGAUACCUAUUAUGCUACCUACACCUUUUCCUAAACCAAAUAACAAACACCAUAGCAGAUUUAGGAAUAAUAAUAAUAAUAUGAUGUCUGCACAUUGCGGCCAUGAAUAUGGAAUAGGAAUAGGGAAGGGUGUAAAAUAAUAGUAAUCACUCUCACCAAAACUACACAUACACAUGGAUAGCAGAGGACUACGGCGAGAGUGCCUUUCACAAACAAAAUCCCUGAGACUUGACAAUCAAGGAACUAGUUUCUUCCAGCUAUUUUAAGCUUCUCCCGUCUUCCCAGACCCAAACCUAGACAAAGAGGGCUUUGUGGCACAGUAUUGCGAGUUAAGCCAUGUGUCAAGACUGCAAUCGGACUUUGAAGAUCAGUUUCUACCUGUACAAAGGGGUGCAGAAACUCGAUACAUAAACUUAUGCCACAAGAAGCACAUCUUGAACUAAGAGCAAAGCUUGUCUGAGCAGUCGAUGCAAUGUUUUAGAGAACGAGGCGUCUAAAUGAGCGAGUUUCUUCUUGUUGAUUGUUGUUUCUUGUCCCGUGCCUUUUGUAGUUUUAGACUCUUCCCCUUAACGUAGAUAUUUAGAGGACUAAUUGUAAAAGCGAGAUAUUAUUUCUCAACUCAGGAUGCCAUCGACAUCAUUGACCUACAAUCAUUUUCAUUUUUCUUUCUCCCUUCCCGCUUCCUCGUGAACCUUGCGAGAGCCGCCAGCAGGGGAGGUAAUAACUCAAACGUCGGUCACAAAGUUCUUCUAGUUCAGUCCCCUGAUCUCCGUAGGUUAGUGGUGGAACCGGGAACAGCAGGCAGAUUUUGUGACGAGGCAGUCGUAUGAAAUUCUCAGCUUAAGUGUUUAUAAUUGUUAAUUUUUUAAGAAUACAUUUGAGUGUGUAUAUUGAUGCUUAUAAUUAAUAUAUUUUUAAUAAUGUGAAUGUGACCUGUCGGGUUUUGUUUUUUUACUUUGCUAUUGUUGAUGACCUAUUUCUACAGCUCCGACAGAAAUUCAUUUUGCAGUGGUUUUACCAUGUUGAAUUGUAAAGAUUUACUUGCUGCUAAUAAAUUAAGAGAUUAAAGUGAGAUUUUUCUGUAGUUUAUGCUGGAAAUAUGUAUUCCAAUGACUGCAUUUUGCCAACGGCAACCUCGCUAAAAAUUCGAAAAUAAAAACUAUAUUGUUGUUUGGGUCAGUUCAUGAGAAAUGUGUGACCUAUAAACAUACAUAAAAACACAUAAAAUACGCAUGUACAGACGCACACACAUUCAUGCAUACAUACAA